CCCACCCCAUUCUCCCGCUUUCCAUCACCACGCCCCAUUCUCCCGCUUUCCAUCACCCCGCCCCAUUCUCCCGCUUUCGAUCACCCCACCCCAUUCUCCCGCUUUCCAUCACCCCGCCCCAUUCUCCCGCUUUCCAUCACCCCGCCCCAUUCUCCCGCUUUCCAUCACCCCGCCCCAUUCUCCCGCUUUCCAUCACCCCGCCCCGUUCUCCCUCCUUCCAUCACCCCGCCCCAUUCUCCCGCUUUCCAUCAUCCCGCCCCAUUCUCCCGCUUUCCAUCACCCCGCCCCAUUCUAACUCCUUCCAUCACCCCGGCCCAUUCUCCCGCUUUCCAUCACCCCGCCCCAUUCUCCCGCUUUCCAUCACCCGCCCCAUUCUCCCGCUUUCCAUCACCCCGCCCGAUUCUCCCGCUUUCCAUCAACCCGCCCCAUUCUCCCGCUUUCCAUCACCCCGCCCCAUUCUCCCGCUUUCCAUCACCCCGCCCCAUUCUCCCGCUUUCCAUCACCCCGCCCCAUUCUCCCGCUUUCCAUCACCCCGCCCCAUUCUCCCGCUUUCCAUCACCCCGCCCCAAUUUCCCGCAUUCCAUCACCCCGCCCCAGUCUCCCGCUUUCCAUCAGCCCGCCCCAUUCUCCCGCUUUCCAUGACCCUGCCCCGUUCUCCCGCUUUCCAUCACCCCGCCCCAUUCUCCCUCCUUCCAUCACCCUGCCUGAUUCUCCCUCCUUCCAUCACCCCGCCCCAUUCUCCCUCCUUCCAUCACCCCGGCCCAUUCUCUCGCUUUCCAUCACCCCGCCCCAUUCUCCCGCUUUCCAUCACCCCGCCGCAUUCUUCCGCUCUCCAUCACCCCGCCCCAUUUUCCCGCUUUCCAUCAACCCGCCCCAUUCUCCCGCUUUCCAUCACCCUGCCCCAUUCUCCCGCUUUCCAUCACCCCGCCCCAUUCUCCCGCUUUCCAUCACCCCGCCCCAUUCUCCCGCUUUCUAUCACCCCGCCCCAUUCUCCCGCUUUCCAUCACCCCACCCCAUUCUCCCGCUUUCCAUCACCCCGCCCCAUUCUCCCGCUUUCCAUCACCCCGCCCCAUUCUCCCGCUUUCCAUCACCCCGCCCCAUUUUCCCGCUUUCCAUCACCCCGCCCCAUUCUCCCGCUUUCCAUCAGCCCGCCCCAUUCUCCCGAUUUCCAUCACCCCGCCCCAUUCUCCCGCUUUCCAUCACCCCGCCCCAUUCUCCCCCUUUCCAUCACCCCGCCCCAUUCUCCCGCUUUCCAUCACCCCGCCCCAUUUUCUUUCCUUCCAUCACCCCGCCCCAUUCUCCCUCCUUCCAUCACCCAGCCCCAUUCUCCCUCCUUCCAUCACCCCGCCCCAUUCUCCCGCUUUCCAUCACCCCGCCCCAUUCUCCCGCUUUCGAUCACCCCGCCCCAUUCUCCCUCUUUCCAUCACCCCGCCCCAUUCUCCCGCUUUCCAUCACCCCGCCCCAUUCUCCCGCUUUCCAUCACCCCGCCCCAUUCUCCCGCUUUCCAUCACCCCAACCCAUUCUCCCUUCUUCCAUCAACCCGCCCUAUUCUCCCUCCUUCCAUCACCCCGCACCAUUCUCCCGCUUUAAAUCAUCCCACCCCAUUCUCCCGCUUUCUAUCACCCCGCCCGAUGCUCCCGCUUUCCAUCACCCCGCCCCAUUCUUCUUCUCCCGCUUUCCAUCACCCCGCCCCAUUCUCCCGAUUUCCAUCACCCCGCCCCAUUCUCCCGCUUUCCAUCACCCCGCCCCAUUCUCCCCCUUUCCAUAACUUCGCCCCAUUCUCCUGCUUCCCAUCACCCUGCCCCAUUCUCCUGCUUUCCAUCAACCCGCCCUAUUCUCUCUCCUUCCAUCACCCCGACCCAUUCUCCCGCUUUCAAUCAUCGUGCCCCAUUCUCCCGCUUUCCAUCACCCGGCCCCAUUCUCCCGAUUUCCAUCACCCUGCCCCAUUCUUCUGCUUUCCAUCACCCCGCCUCAUUCUCCUGCUUUCCAUCACCCCGGCCCAUUCUCCCGCUUUCCAUCACCCCGCCCCAUUCUCCCUCCUUCCAUCACCCUGCCUGAUUCUCCCUCCUUCCAUCACCCCGCCCCAUUCUCCCUCCUUCCAUCACCCCGCCCCAUUCUCCCGCUUUCCAUCACCCCGCCCCAUUCUCCCGCUUUCCAUCACCCCGCCCCAUUCUCCCGCUUUCCAUCACCCCGCCCCAUUUUCCCGCUUUCCAUCACCCCGCCCCAGUCUCCCGCUUUCCAUCAGCCCGCCCCAUUCUCCCACUUUCCAUCACCCUGCCCCAUUCUUCUGCUUUCCAUCACCCCGCCUCAUUCUCCUGCUUUCCAUCACCCCGGCCCAUUCUCCCGCUUUCCAUCACCCCGCCCCAUUCUCCCUCCUUCCAUCACCCUGCCUGAUUCUCCCUCCUUCCAUCACCCCGCCCCAUUCUCCCUCCUUCCAUCACCCCGCCCCAUUCUCCCGCUUUCCAUCACCCCGCCCCAUUCUCCCGCUUUCCAUCACCCCGCCCCAUUCUCCCGCUUUCCAUCACCCCGCCCCAUUUUCCCGCUUUCCAUCACCCCGCCCCAGUCUCCCGCUUUCCAUCAGCCCGCCCCAUUCUCCCGAUUUCCAUCACCCCGCCCCAUUCUCCCGCUUUCCAUCACCCCGCCCCAUUCUCCCCCUUUCCAUAACUUCGCCCCAUUCUCCUGCUUUCCAUCACCCCGCCCCAUUCUCCUGCUUUCCAUCAACCCGCCCUAUUCUCUCUCCUUCCAUCACCCCGACCCAUUCUCCCGCUUUCAAUCAUCCCGCCCCAUUCUCCCGCUUUCCAUCACCCGGCCCCAUUCUCCCGAUUUCCAUCACCCCGCCCCAUUCUCCCGCUUUCCAUCACCCCGCCCCCUUCUCCCUCCUUCCAUCGCCCCGCCCCAUUCUCCCUCCUUCCAUCACUUCGCCUCAUUCUCCCGCUUUCUAUCACCCCGCCCCAUUCUCCCGCUUUCCAUCACCCCGCCCCAUUCUCCCGCUUUCCAUCACCGCGCCCCAUUCUCCCGCUUUCCAUGACCCCGCCCCAUUCUCCCGCUUUCCAUCACCCCGCCCCAUUCUCCCUCCUUCCAUCACCCUGCCUGAUUCUCCCUCCUUCCAUCACCCCGCCCCAUUCUCCCUCCUUCCAUCACCCCGGCCCAUUCUCCCGCUUUCCAUCACCCCGCCCCAUUCUCCCGCUUUCCAUCACCCCGCCCCAUUCUCCCGCUUUCCAUCACCCCGCCCCAAUUUCCCGCUUUCCAUCACCCCGCCCCAGUCUCCCGCUUUCCAUCAGCCCGCCCCAUUCUCCCGCUUUCCAUGA